AUGCAGGCCGCCUGCGAUGGACUCACGAAGAUAGAGGAGCUGUAUGCGCCUUCCGGUGACAGCUUCUACCCUGUCGAGCUGAAUGGUUCCGUGUACGACUCCUUCGCCUUGCGCGUGGUCUUUGAGAGGGAUAAGACAGGCUUUGAAGAAAGCAAGGAGUUCCCCAUCCGAACGAACAUGGUGGUGGCGGCAAGGUACCAGAUCAUUGAGUACCUGGGAUCUGCUGCAUUUUCACGUGCAGUCCAGUGCUUAGACUUGGACACGAACAAGAUGGUCUGCAUGAAAAUUAUCAAGAAUGACAAGGACUUCUUCGACCAAUCCUUGGAUGAGAUCAAGCUGCUGAAGUACAUCAAUGUAAACGGCGAUGUCGACUACAACAACGUCCUGCGCCUCUACGAUCACUUCUACCACAAGGAGCACUUGAUCAUCGUGACCGAGCUUCUCCGCGACAACUUGUACGAGUUCAGCAAGUUCAAUCGGGAGUGCGGAGAUGAGCCGUACUUUACCAUCGGACGGCUGCAAAAGAUCUCUCGACAGAUCUUGACUGCCUUGGACUACGUGCACUCCCUGCGGCUCAUACACUGUGACUUGAAGCCAGAGAACAUCCUCAUCAAGUCGUACAGCCGAUGUGAAGUCAAGGUCAUUGACUUCGGCUCCUCGUGCUUCAUCGAUGACCAUCUGUCUUCCUACGUGCAGUCUCGGUCAUACCGAGCCCCCGAGGUGAUGCUGGGUCUCCCCUACGAUCAGAAGAUUGACCUGUGGUCCCUGGGCUGCAUCCUCGCUGAGCUCUGGACAGGCUAUGUCUUGUUCCAGAAUGACUCGGUGCAGAGUCUGCUGGCUCGAAUUCUGGGCAUCAUCGGCGAGUUUCCGUAUCACAUGAUGACCAGCGGAAAGUACGUUCCACAGUACUUCACACAGGAUGGACAGCUCUACCAAGAAAUUGAGGGAGCACCGUGUCCAGAAAGAGGACGCCGACUGCAUCUUUUGGUGCCAAAGAAGACGUCCCUUCGACAGAGGAUGCGCACCAACGACGAGCUGCUGCUGGAUUUCCUUGAGAAGCUGCUGCAGCUCGAUCCUGCUCAGAGACCAACUGCUGCUGAGGCCAUGGAGCAUCCCUUCCUUGCGCCGGGCAGAAUCCCGGACUUCACGGAGGAUGCGGAGAUGCUCUCAUGGGCUGGAGUUGGUCUUGGCGAAGCAGAGUCCUACAAGGUGAUGUGCUCCAUGCGGAACUUGGCGGCGAAUCAAAAAGACGGCCUCAACAAGCUCAGAUUCUGGGGCAAGAUCUUCGGGACGGAAGCUGACUACUACGUGGCAGAGGCCCAGAAAGAUGGUGGGGAGCCUGACGAAACGGACCCCGAUGCAGAACCUCCAGGACAAGGCGCCAACCAGUUCACAUACUAUGUGACCAACGACUUGGCCGGCGACUGGCGACGUUUGCCGGACAUCAAGCCCAAAGAGAUCAUCGCGGCGCGCGCCAUCAAGCGGCUGGUGACCGGGAACGCCGGCUCAAAGGUUAUCACGCAUCCUGCCUUCGAAGGGGCGGAGGAGGUCUAUCUCCGUGCUCAAAUCGCCAGAAUUACUGCAGACACCGUCAUUUGCAUGAAGGGCUACUUGAAGAAGGAGGAGGAAGAAGGAUCUCCAAUCGAGCAGAACGAAGAGUUUAUCUGCCCACCGGCGGCUGAACUGCUCAAAAUGGAGGCAUGGACCCAUAUGCAGCCUCACAUUCUCCGCAACGGCCGCACCACCCACAAAGAGAUUCCAGAGGGUGACACGCCAGAGGAACUUGAGCUGGCAGCGAAGAUGAAGGAGGAGCAAGAAGCAGAUCCCGAAAAGGAGGUCCUGCGUGGGCUGCACGCAGACGGGCUGCAGUGGACUAUCAAGCAGGCUGGCGAUGCCACAGUCUACCGUGCUUCAGCUGAUCCGGCUGCCCCACUGAGGUCCAGUGCGGUGACCUACGUCCGCUCCCUCUCCUGGCCCGGUGCGGUCACGGCGGUGCGCAACGGCCAGUUCGUGAGCAUCUAUGUCGGAUAUGGCCUCGCAGCCAGCAGCCCCAACUUCUUCCCCCCGGCACCUCCAGAUGUGCAAGAAGAGCCGGAGGACCCUGGUGAGGUAGAAGAACCUCAGGGCUCCUUGGAAGAGCCAAAGGAGCCAGAGGAGUAG